CUGUCGAGUCUCACAGGUUUGAGCAAGCGUUCUGUACGCGCGUGUCUUAGCAAAGUUGACCGCGCAAACGAAAUGCAGACUUCGGCCUUUCUAGGAAUUGCUACUUCGAUCGCGGGGGUUCUAACCAUAGUACAGUGUAAUAAUCAGGUCGUGAGAAAACAAGAUGGCAAGAUUGCAGCUUUUGGUAUUACAACAACCCAAUUACUAUCCAAAAAGCUAAUUAAAGCUGGUGGAACAGGAAUGCUCCAAACGUCGAGUGAAUUUAAUGUCAUUGAAAAGCUGAUACAUUCUAGGCUGAAACGCUCUAUCAAAGCACAUCACAGCAGAGUUGCGAACCUUAAAUUUUUUAAACGCAGACGCUUUCCGUGUUGCCACUGGAAAACAUGCUGUUGUUGCUGCGGAAGAAAAAAUUGUCCUAAGUUCACUUCUAAGAGGCCGCCCACGACAACAACUAGGACUACAAGGAGGACACGCACUACAAAAAUUACUACAAGAAAGAUCCGCACCACAAAAGCGGCCAAAACUACCAAAAGUUCAACACGCACCACAACUACGACUACACACAAAACCUCCACAACGAAAGCGCCCAACACUACCAAAAGUUCAACACGCAUCAUAACUCCGACUACAAGAAAGACUCGCACCACAAAAGCUCUCAAAACUACUAAAACAUCGAAACGCACCACUAGAACUAUCAAAACAACCAAAAGAUGGACGUGGCCAACAAAAAAGACUACAAGAAGUCUACACACUACUAAAAACACAAGCCAUGGUUGUGGUUGCAAGACAAAAACUACCACAAGAAAACUCUACACAGUAAGUAUCAAAACUACCAAAAGGACGCUAGCUCCUAAAACAAAAUGGCCUACAAGAAGAAAAUACACCACAAGAAAUAUGAAAACUACCAGGAGAACGCCAGUUCAUAAAUUAAUAUGCCCUACAAGAUGGCUAUAUACCACAAGAAAUAUGAAAACUACUAGGAGAACGUCAGCUCCCAAAAUAUAAUGGACUACAAGAAGAGUAUACACCACAAGAAGUAUCAAACUACCAAAAGAACAAGAAAGCUCUACUUCAUUAAAGCUACUACAAGGUCC